CGAAUGAAAGCGAUAUAUGGAGUGUAAGUAAAUUAAUAUAUGAGUAGAAAAGGAAUAGAAGUGAAAUAUAGGAAUAUAUAUGAAAAGAAUAUAGAAUUAAUAGAGUUGAAGAAGAUUAAUAAAGUCGAAGAGACGUCUAGAAUAGAUAUAGAAGAAGAAAUUAGUAUGAAUCCGCUGUAUUGGUAUGGUAUUUUAGUUCCUCAAGAAUUGAAAGAAGCGCAGCAGUAUUUUAAAGAAGGUCUAGAAAAAAUUAUUGAAAUUAUUAAUCUGAGUUUUGUAAUACGAAACUUAGAAAAAGAAAUUGUUUGUUAUAGAAAAGAGAUAUAUCCUAGAAAGGUAUAG